UCCCCUGCUGUCCUGCAUGUCCUUGGGCUGCUGCAUGCAUGUGUGUGUAACCUGGGGGCUGGGAUGGCCAGAGGAUAUGGUGGCCUUGGCUUCCAGAGCUCCUUUAAAGGGUGCAAAGACAUCAGGCUCAGGGUCUAGCCCAAGUAGCACUCAUUAGAGAUGAUUUCUUCCUGCCCCAGACUCCUAGUUAGAAACUCCAACAUUUGACUAAACAGCAACAACAUGAAAUAGAAUGUUUACUGGCUUAUGGUGGGUUCUCCCUUAGUUGAAUUUAGGUGGCAGUGAAGAACAGACUGGAGGAAUGGAGCUUGAGAAAGUACUCAGUAAAGUGAUUGUGCAGAGAAAUGGGAGGUCAGGGGACAAUGCACAGAAGGAACAGUUGGAAUGCCUGAGAGUCUGCCUGCCUCUGGGUGGGUGUUGCCAUGAAUAUCCACCCUAUCAGUCUUUCCCUGCCACUUCCUUCCUCUGGUGUGUGCCUCAGGUCCACCCCUCACCCACAUAUACAGGGUCUCGGCUGUGCCACCUCCUUCCCCUCCACAGAGUUUUAAACACUUAGAAGUGCUGACAUGACUGCUUCCUCAUGCCACCUUCUGCCUUGGGCCCGUGCCCAAGCUGUCCCUGACCUGCAUGUGCCUUUCUGAGCUGAAUGUAUAUGCUGUAUGUAUUGUGAUUUUCUUGUUGCCAUACUGUGUCCUGCCUUGCUGAUGUUGCAUGGAGAGCUACUGGAUUAUGGCAGUGGGAAGUGAAGGGAAAACUUCUCCCUUUGACUCCUAGUAGGUAAUGUGGCCUCACUUUGGAGUCUUGCAAUGGUAGAGACCACAUGCUAGUACUUGCUUUGGUCCUCAGUCCUGGCUCCAGGUGGGAAUGGGGCUGUAAGAAAAACAGUGCUCUAAAGGAUGCUGGGCCCAUUCUAGCAUCAUGGAAACUUGGAUCAUCUCUUGAUUAUUACCUCCUGGUUGGGGCUCCUGUCUUACCUCAGGACCCUGAAUAGAGAAGAACAUGAAACUGCAGUCUGAGGUCUGUGGAGGAAUUCUGGUUGCAGCCUGACGUGACCCUGGAAGGGACCUGAGCAAUGCCAAACCUGUGGAAAUGUGGCAGAGCUCAGCCUGGACUGCCCAUGCUGGCUUGUAGCACCUUGCAGUGGACAGUGUCAGUCAGGUAGUAGAGUACUCCUGCUCUCCAGUCUUCCACCCUAGUGAUUCUCUCAAAACAAAUCACUUAGCCAGGGCCUCUGCUCUCAUCUGUGGAACAGAGAGCUAGAUCCAGAACAAAAAAGAGUGCUUUGAGGGGAGGGCAGAAGAGAACACAGAUGUGUCUGCAAAGUACCUCGUCCUUUCUGGAAAGCCCUUUAGGAACAGGCUUUAUUUAACCUGUCUACAACUAGGGGACCAUUGGAAGAAGAGCCCAUCAUUGUCAUCAGAGUUGCUGCUGUUCUGAUGGAGUGUUCUCCAGGGUUUCUUAAAUUACUCUGUUGCUCCUCAGAGUUUAAGCUGGUUGCUGGAGGGGAGUUGUGCGUGUGUGUUCCUGAUGAGACAUCAGGGUGUAGCCAGUGUGUAUAAGAAAAGUGGAAGCAAUGGGGUUGUAGAAGGAGCAGAGUGCAGUUAUGACAUGAGAAACAUGGAGCAGGGAAGCCCUGUGUCCCUGCCCACUGAUGCCAUCUCCCCAUAAGGUGCCAUUUCUGGCAUGCCCUGGGGCCCACUUUUUUGAAGCAAGCUCUUGGGGAUGGGUAAGGGAGGGGGAGGGUGGAGCAUGAACCUAUUCUUUAGAGGAAGCAGCAGGGCGGGCCCAAUGCAGGACUUGGUCCAGUCACGAUGAGGAGGAGGAGCCAGCAGGCCCCUGGGUGGUUGCUAGGUGACCGAGGAACAGUGGCUCCACCCCCUUGGAGCAGAGGAGGGUGGGUGCAUGACGUCAGGUGGAGCUGAUGCUGCGGCCACUGAGGCUGCCAUCAGCCUAAGCUGGUGAACUCGGCUGGUUACUGCUCCAGUGCCUGCUGGAGCCUGGCUGUCCUGCUGGGCACCUUCGGGGGCCUCUGUAUUGGAGCGGCAGCCAUUUGCAGGCUGGGAAGCUGCUGGCCGGGAGCUAAGGCUGCAUUGUUGGGAUUUGAUGCACUAAUCUGUCUCGCCGCCUUUCCCUCUGUUCGGUCUCUUUCCUUCCCUCCCUUCGUCUGUCCUUCCUCCCGGUGUUUGUCUAUCCUCUCUGUCCCUCCUCUUUCCUCUCCUUGCUUUCUUUGGUUUUCUGCAAUGAUGAGACAGGCACCGACAGCCCGAAAGACCACAACUCGGCGGCCCAAGCCCACUCGCCCAGCCAGUACUGGAGUGUCUGGGGCCAGUAGCUCCUUGGGCCCCUCUGGCUCAGCAUCAGCAGGGGAGCUGAGCAGCAGUGAGCCCAGUACCCCAGCUCAGACUCCAUUGGCAGCACCCAUCAUCCCCACGCCAGUCCUCACCUCUCCUGGAGCAGCACCCCCACUUCCUUCCCCUUCCAAGGAGGAGGAGGGACUGAGGGCUCAGGUUCGAGACCUGGAGGAGAAACUGGAGACCCUUCGGCUAAAACGGGCAGAAGACAAGGCAAAGCUGAAAGAGCUGGAGAAACACAAGAUCCAGCUGGAGCAGGUGCAGGAAUGGAAGAGCAAAAUGCAGGAGCAGCAGGCAGACCUGCAGCGGCGCCUCAAGGAGGCACGGAAGGAAGCCAAGGAGGCAAUGGAGGCCAAGGAGCGCUACAUGGAGGAGAUGGCAGAUACUGCUGAUGCCAUCGAGAUGGCCACUUUGGACAAGGAGAUGGCUGAAGAGCGGGCUGAGUCUCUGCAGCAGGAGGUGGAGGCCCUGAAGGAGCGCGUGGAUGAGCUUACCACAGACUUGGAGAUCCUCAAGGCUGAGAUCGAAGAGAAGGGCUCAGAUGGGGCUGCAUCCAGUUACCAGCUCAAGCAGCUUGAGGAACAGAACGCUCGCCUCAAGGAUGCCCUGGUGAGGAUGCGGGAUCUUUCUUCCUCAGAGAAGCAGGAACAUGUGAAGCUCCAGAAACUUAUGGAAAAGAAGAACCAAGAGCUGGAAGUUGUGAGGCAACAGCGAGAGCGCCUUCAGGAAGAGUUAACCCAGGCAGAGAGCACCAUUGAUGAGCUCAAGGAGCAGGUGGAUGCUGCUCUGGGUGCUGAGGAGAUGGUGGAGAUGCUGACUGACCGGAAUCUGAAUCUGGAAGAGAAAGUGCGGGAGUUGAGGGAGACUGUAGGGGACUUGGAAGCAAUGAAUGAGAUGAAUGAUGAGCUGCAGGAGAAUGCACGUGAGACAGAACUGGAGCUGCGGGAGCAGCUGGACAUGGCAGGUGCCCGAGUGCGUGAGGCCCAGAAACGUGUGGAGGCAGCCCAAGAGACAGUUGCAGACUACCAGCAAACCAUCAAGAAGUACCGCCAGCUGACUGCCCACCUGCAGGAUGUGAAUCGGGAAUUGACAAACCAGCAGGAAGCAUCUGUGGAGAGACAGCAGCAGCCACCUCUAGAGACUUUUGACUUCAAAAUCAAGUUUGCUGAGACUAAGGCACAUGCUAAGGCAAUCGAGAUGGAGUUGAGACAGAUGGAGGUGGCCCAGGCCAACCGGCACAUGUCCCUCCUGACAGCCUUCAUGCCUGACAGCUUCCUUCGGCCAGGUGGAGACCAUGACUGUGUCCUGGUGUUGCUGCUUAUGCCUCGUCUCAUUUGCAAGGCAGAGCUGAUCCGGAAGCAGGCCCAAGAGAAAUUUGAACUAAGUGAGAACUCUUUGGAGCGGCCUGGACUUCGAGGAGCUGCAGGGGAGCAGCUCAGCUUUGCUGCUGGACUGGUAUACUCACUGAGCCUGUUGCAGGCCACACUGCACCGCUAUGAGCAUGCCCUUUCUCAGUGCAAUGUGGAUGUGUAUAAGAAGGUGGGCAGCCUCUACCCUGAGAUGAGUGCCCACGAGCGCUCCUUAGAUUUCCUCAUUGAGCUGCUGCACAAGGAUCAGCUGGAUGAGACUGUCAAUGUGGAGCCUCUCACCAAGGCCAUCAAAUACUACCAGCAUCUGUAUAGCAUCCACCUUGCUGAACAGCCUGAGGACUGUACCAUGCAGCUGGCUGACCACAUUAAGUUCACCCAGAGUGCCCUGGACUGCAUGAGCGUGGAGGUGGGGCGGCUGCGUGCCUUCUUGCAGAGUGGGCAGGAGGCUACAGAUCUUGCCCUUCUGCUUCGGGACCUAGAAACAUCAUGCAGUGACAUCCGCCAGUUCUGCAAGAAGAUCCGAAGGCGAAUGCCAGGGACAGAUGCUCCUGGAAUCCCAGCUGCACUGGCCUUUGGAUCCCAGGUAUCGGACACACUCCUAGACUGCAGGAAACACUUGACAUGGGUGGUGGCUGUGCUGCAAGAAGUGGCAGCUGCUGCUGCUCAGCUCAUUGCCCCCCUGGCAGAGAAUGAGGGGCUACCUGUGGCUGCACUGGAGGAGCUGGCUUUCAAAGCAAAUGAACAGAUUUAUGGGAGCCCUUCCAGUAGCCCCUAUGAGUGUCUGCGUCAGUCAUGCACCAUCCUCAUCAGCACCAUGAACAAGCUGGCCACAGCUAUGCAGGAAGGGGAGUAUGAUGCUGAGCGGCCCCCCAGCAAGCCUCCUCCAGUUGAGCUUCGGGCUGCAGCCCUUCGUGCGGAGAUCACAGAUGCUGAAGGCCUAGGUUUGAAGCUUGAAGAUCGAGAGACAGUUAUCAAGGAGUUGAAGAAGUCACUCAAGAUUAAGGGAGAGGAGCUGAGUGAGGCAAACGUGCGGCUCAGCCUCCUGGAGAAGAAGCUGGACAGCGCCGCCAAAGAUGCAGAUGAGCGUAUUGACAAAGUCCAGACUCGGCUGGAGGAGACCCAGACACUGCUGCGGAAGAAGGAGAAAGAGUUUGAGGAGACAAUGGAUGCGCUCCAGGCUGACAUUGACCAGCUGGAGGCAGAGAAGGCAGAGCUAAAACAGCGACUGAACAACCAGUCGAAGCGCACAAUUGAGGGGCUCCGGGGGCCCCCUCCCUCAGGCAUUGCUACACUGGUCUCUGGCAUUGCUGGCGGAAGCACUCCUGGGCAGGCUCCAGGGUCCUUGCCAGGCCCAGGGCUGGUGAAGGACUCACCCCUGCUGCUUCAGCAGAUCUCUGCCAUGAGGCUGCACAUCUCUCAGCUCCAGCAUGAGAACAGCAUUCUGAAGGGAGCCCAGAUGAAGGCAUCCUUGGCAGCCCUGCCCCCUCUGCAUGUUGCAAAGCUUUCCCUCCCACCCCAUGAGGGCCCUGCUAGUGAGCUAGCCGCUGGAGUGCUAUAUCGUAAGACCAGUCAGCUGCUGGAGACAUUAAAUCAGCUGAGCACUCACACUCAUGUAGUAGAUAUCACUCGUGCCAGCCCUGCUUCCAAGAGCCCAUCGGCCCAGCUUAUGGAGCAAGUGGCUCAGCUCAAGUCCCUGAGCGACACCAUUGAGAAGCUCAAGGAUGAGGUCCUCAGGGAGACAGUAUCUCAACGCCCUGGAGCCACAGUCCCCACUGACUUUGCCACUUUCCCUUCAUCAGUCUUCCUCAGGGCCAAGGAAGAGCAGCAAGAUGACACAGUCUACAUGGGCAAAGUGACCUUCUCAUGUGCGGCUGGCCUCGGACAGCGACACCGGCUGGUGCUGACCCAGGAGCAGCUGUACCAGCUUCAUAGUCACCUCAUCUCCUAAGCACUCCUCCUGCCACUGUCCCCUUCAACCCUCAGCCUUCCUCUUGCCACUUGGCCCAAUGCACAGCCACCUCAGCCAACCCUAGGUAGAACCAUGUGGGCUAAAAUCUUCCUGUCCUGUUCAGUUUUGCUCCCAUCUUGGCAGAGCUCCACUCCUACCCCUUAACCUGGGUUCUUCCAUUCCUGUCCCCAGGCAUUUUCCAUAAUUUGCUGUUCAUUUCUCCCUCUUUCCUGAGGCGCCCCAGGGCAUGUGGGGGGUAGGCUGAGACUCCCACCACCAAAGGUUGAAUGAGGUCCCUCUGAUUGAGUGAGGACUUCAUCCCUUGAUUAAAGCAACUUCUGCUUCAA